AUGUCAAUGUUUUCACUUGCGUAUGCUGGGAGAUUGGAGAAUGUUGUUGGGUGGUAUCACUUGCAUCCUGGGUAUGGAUGCUGGCUCUCGGGUAUUGAUGUUUCAACACAGAUGCUUAACCAACAGUAUCAGGAGCCUUUUUUGGCUGUUGUUAUUGAUCCCACAAGGACUGUUUCGGCUGGUAAGGUUGAGAUUGGGGCGUUCAGAACGUAUCCAGAGGGUCAUAAGAUCUCAGAUGAUCAUGUUUCUGAGUAUCAGACUAUCCCUUUAAACAAGAUCGAGGACUUUGGUGUUCAUUGCAAACAGUACUAUUCAUUGGACAUCACUUAUUUCAAGUCAUCUCUUGAUAGCCACCUUCUUGAACUCCUUUGGAACAAGUACUGGGUGAACACACUAUCUUCCUCCCCACUGCUGGGCAAUGGAGACUAUAUUGCUGGACAAAUAUCAGACUUGGGUAAAUAA